CCAAAUCUCUUAAUAUAAUGCAAAGGACCCAUUCGGGAGAGAGAGAGAGAAUGGGGUCAGAAGAAUGAUAGGCAGCAGUAGUUCUGGUAUUUCAGCUGCUGGCCAAAAGCCCAUCGUCAGUUUCCAUUCUUCUCGUGUGUACUGGAUCGAAGUGGGUUCAUAAAUAACAAUUUUUUUACAGAGUUGGUUGCUGCCCUCUUUUUGAAGUUUGUGAUUUUGUGUUCCUUGGGAUGGUAGCUCUGCUUGCUGCAUCCGAUACUCAUAACCCAUCACUGGAUUUCAGACAUUUGGUGCUAGCAGUGAGAAAUAUAGAGCCGUAACCGUCAUCUGGAAUAUAAUUGGGCGGUGCGAUAUAUUAAUUUGAUAUUCUAGCCUGGAUCCGUUACUUAAUACUGGUAUAAGCGCCAGGCUUUUUCCAAGUCAAAAUCAGUUGUGCUGUUGUUCCUUGCUGGUGUCAUGGCAACCUCAUUACAUUCUGAGUCCAGACGCUUAUACUCUUGGUGGUGGGACAGCCACAUUAGCCCGAAGAAUUCCAAAUGGCUUCAAGAAAAUCUUACAGAGAUGGAUGCCAAAGUCAAAGCAAUGAUCAAGCUCAUUGAAGAAGAUGCAGAUUCUUUUGCAAGGAGGGCAGAAAUGUACUACAAGAAACGCCCAGAGCUUAUGAAAUUGGUAGAGGAGUUCUACCGAGCUUACCGUGCUUUAGCUGAGAGAUACAAUAAUGCAACAGUGGAGCUUUGCCAGGCCCAUCAAACCAUGGAAGAAGCAUUUCCCAACCACAUGCCUUAUGUGCUGGCUGAUGAUUCAACCUCAGGUUCUUCAGGUCCUGAGGCUGAACCUCAUACAUCAGAAAUGUUGCAUCCAAUUCGUGCAUUAGUAGACCCAGAUGGCUUGCUCAAGGAUGCACUAGGGUUCUCUUCAACCAUCUUACAUAAAACAGGUGGAGAGAAUUCAGAAGAAUGUGAUGCUAUAAUAAGCAAAAGGGAUCUUAAACAGCUCAAUGAGAUGUUUGGGUCUAGAGAAGUGAUGCCCCAAAACUCAAAUGUUACAGAAGGAAGGAUAAGAAAAGGCCUGAAUGUAUAUGAAGCAGAAGAGAGCGAACAAGAUUUGCAAGAUGGGUUCUCUCAUAAAUCAUGUGAAAACAAGUGCCAGGUCCUUUCCGAUUCUCAGCAUUCAGGGAAAGCUGAAACUGAAGUUCAGACAUUAAAGAAAGCCCUAGCAGAGAUACAAGUUGAAAAGGAAGCUGUUCUUCUUCGAUACAGGCAGAGUUUGGAGAAGCUAUCUUAUCUGGAGAGGGAGCUUGAUCUUGCACAAAAGGAUGCUGUUGGCCUUGAUGAACGAGCAAGCAAAGCCGAAAUUGAAAUUAACAUACUGAAAGAAGCCCUAAUUGAGUUAGAAGCUGAGAGGGAUGCUGGUCUUCUUCAAUACAAUCAGUGUUUGGAAAGGAUAUCUUGCCUGGAGAAAAUGUUAUCUGUUGCCCAAGAGGAUGCAAAAGGGCUUGAUGAGCAAGCUAUUAAAGCAGAAAAUGAAAACCAAUAUCUCAAGCAAGAAAUUUCUAGAUUAGAGGCUGAAAAGGAGGUGGGCCAUCUCCAGUACAAGCAAUAUGUUGAGAAGAUAUCUGUUUUGGAGACUAAAAUCUCACUUGCUGAGGAAAAUGCUCGAAUUUUAAAUGAGCAAAUUGAAGGAACAGAAACUGAAGUUAAAACACUGAAGCAAGCUCUUUCGGAACUAAUUGAAAAGAAAGAAGCUGCAGCACUUCAGUACAAGCAGUGCUUGGAGAUAAUAGCUAAGAUGGAAAGUGAACUGUUUAAUGCCGAAGAAGAUGCCAAACGUAUGAAUGGCGAAAUUCUGCUGGGAGCUGUAAAAUUGAAGACUGCAGAAGAACAGUGUCUUCUAUUGGAGAGAUCAAAUCAAUCUCUGCAAUUAGAAGCUAACAAUCUGGUACAGAAGAUUGCGGUGAAGGAUCAAGAACUUUCGGAAAAGCAUUAUGAGUUGGAAAAAUUACAAAAUCUAAUGCAAGAGGAGCACUCACGGUUUGAGCAAGUUGAAGCCACUCUCCAGGCUUUGAAGAAGUCACACUCUCAAUCUCAAGAGGAGCAGAGAGCUCUGACUUUGGAGCUCAAAAAUGGGCUUCAGAUGUUGAAAGACUUGGAGAUCUGCAAACAUGGAAUGGAAGAAAAACUUCUAAGGGUUAAGGAAGAAAACAGGAGCCUGGAUGAACUGAAGUUUUCUUCCUCUAUUUCAAUAAACAAUAUACUAAAUGAAGUCUUUAGCUUGAAGACGAUGAAAGAGAAACUUGAAGGUGAGGUUGCACUAAAAUCAGACAAGAGCAAUACCCUUCAGCAGGAGGUUUACCAUUUGAAGGAGGAAAUCAAGGGCUUGAAAGGAAGAUACCAGGCCAUUAUGGAGCAAGUGGAGUCAGUAGGUCUGAAUCCUGAAUUCCUUGAGUCACAAGUGGAGGACUUGCGAAAUGAGAACACAAUGCUGAAAGAGGUAUGCAAAAGGGAAAGAGACGAGAGAGAGGCUCUUCAUGCGAAGUUGAAGCCUAUGGAUGAGUUUUUGAAAGACAAUGCUGUUCUGGAGAAUUCCUUGACAGGAUUAAAUCAUGAGUUGGAAGGAUUGAGAGAGAAAGUCAUGAAUUUGCAGCAGUCCUGUCAGUUUCUCCAUGGAGAUAAAUCCACGCUUGUUGCUGAAAAAGCCGCUCUGCUUUUGCAGUUGCAAAUUAUCACUGAGAACAUGCAGAAGCUCUGGGAGAAGAACACCAUGCUAGAGAAUUCUCUCUCUGGUGCAAAUAUGGAGCUUGAAGGUUUGAGGGAAAAAUCUAAGAGCUUAGAAGAAUUAUACCAGUUGCUCAGUGAUGAAAAGUCAAAUCUUCUAAAUGAGAGACACGCCCUUGUAUCUCAGUUGGAAAAUGUUGAACAGAGACUUGGGAACCUGGAAAAGAGGUUUACAAAACUAGAAGAAAAAUAUUCAGAUCUUGAGAAGGAGAAAGAAUUGACCCUUUGCCAAUUAGUAGAAUUUCAGGGUUCGCUCUUUUUGGAAAAACAAGAGCGUGUUAGUUUUGUGCAGUCAAGUCAGGCUCAUUUGGCAGGUUUGGAAAACCGAGUCCUUACCGUGCAAGAAGAAAGUAGGUUGGGGAAGAAGGGAUUUGAAGAAGAGAUAGAUAGAACAGUUGUUGCCCAGGUUGAUAUUUUCAUCCUGCAGAAGUUUAUAGAAGAUUUAGAAGAAAAGAAUGCAGCUCAAGUGAUUGAAUGUCAAAAACAUAUUGAAGCAUCCAAAUUUUCUGAUAAACUGAUUACAGAGUUGGAGUGUGAGAAUCUUGAGCAACAAGUAGAAGCAGAGUUCUUAUUAGACGAAAUCCAAAAGUUGAGGAUGGUAAUUCAUCAGGUGUUCAGGGCGAUUCAAAUUGAUCCACAUCAUAGGCAUGUUGAUAAGAUUUCUCUGGAGCAUAUACCUGUGUCAGAUGUUUUGGAUAGUAUUGAAGAUUUAAAAGGUUCUCUGUUGAGAAUUGGGGAUGAGAAGCAGGAGCUGCUGGUUGAGAAUUCAGUGCUCUUAACUUUACUUGGGCAACUGAGACUAGAGAGUGGAGAGCUAGAGUUGGAGAAAAAUUUCAUUGAACAUGAGUUUGAGGUCAUGACAGAGCAGAGUGCUAUGCUGCAAAAUAACAAGCAGGAGCUUCUAGAGAUGAACAUGCAGUUGAGAUUGGAAAUUGGCGAGAGCAAACAUCAGGAGGAUGCUUUAAAGGUUGAAUUGGAAACCCAACAUGUGAAGCUGAAAAUUUUGGACGGUGCUUACUUGGUAUUGCAGGAAGAGAAUUCCCUGUUGCUUGAAGAGAAGAAAUCUUUGCUCAGGAAAAUCUCAGACCUAAGUGAGGAAAAAAGCAUCCUUGAAGAGGAAAACAGUUUUAUUCUCCAUGAAACAGUAGCUCUCAGCAACCUCUCUUUGGUUUUUGAGAGCUUUGCUACUGAGAAUUUUGUGAAACUAAAAGCACUUACUGAAAAUAUCAGCAGUCUCCAUGUGGUCAACAGUGAUCUAAAGGAGGAGGUUGGAAUGUUGGGGAAGAAGCUGGGAAUGAAAGAAGCAGAAAAUCAAUAUCUGAACGAGUCAGUAGAAAGUCUGGCAAGGGAGCUGAAUGAAGCCAAAGACUUGAAUGACCAACUAUGCAAUCAAAUUUUUGUUGGAGAGGAAUUUCUGAGACAGAAGUCAACAGAGCUCUCAGAAGCAGAACAGAAGCUAAAGGCUAAAGAGAAGUCAAACGUUGAAUUGUGCAGGACUGUUGAGAAAUUGAAGAUGGAAUGUGAGGAAUCAAAACUGAUAAAAGAAAAUCUAGAGAAACAGAUUAGUGAAGUGUUUGAAGAUAGCAAAAUGCAGGAAAAAGAUAUUGAACACCUCCGUGAAGUGAAUGCAAAUAUGGAUUCUGAAUUAGAAAUACUACAUUUAAAAAUUGAAGAACACAGAAUUAGAGAAGAGAAUUUGAGUUUGGAAAUGCAAGAGAAGAGAGAUGAAUUUGAACUUUGGGAGGCUGAGGCUACUUCGUUUUGUUUUGAUCUCCAGAUUUCUGCCAUUUGUGAAGUCUUACUAGAAAAUAAGGUUCAAGAGCUUGUUGGAGUUUGUGAGGUUCUUGAAGAUGAAACUGCUGCAAAAAGUAUGGAGAUUGAAAGGAUGAAGGAAAGAGUAAACUUCUUAGAAAGUGAACUUGGGGGAGUGAAGGCUCAGUUGUCUGCAUAUGUUCCUGCCAUAGCUUCAUUGGGAAAUGAUAUAGCCUCUCUUGAGCAUAACGCCCUCAUUCACUAUAAGCCUUUUGCAGCAGGAAAUCAAGAAAAGGACAAAGAAGUGGCAAUUCAUCUUCAUGAAAAGAGCUGUCAAGAGCUUAAAGAAGAUAAAAAAUUUGUGAUACCCGACAGAAUCUCAGAUUUGCAGAAGAUGCAGGCUAAGAUUAAAGCAGUAGAAAAGGCAGUGGUGGAAGAAAUGGAAAAGCUUGCAACACAAGAAAGCAUAAAUACCGUCAUCAAAGUUGAAGAUGUAGUGAAAGACACUGAAGGGUUGGAAUCGAAAGACAUGUUACAUCAAGAGAAAGACAUAAGAAAGAAAGAGAUGGAACUUGGGAAUUAUCUCACCAGUGACCUCGAGUCACAGAAGACUAAACCUGAAAAUGGGAGUUUGAUGAAAGAUAUUCUGCUUGAUCAAGUCUCAGAUGGUUCAUUAUAUGGGAGAAGCAGGAGAGAUAAUGGUGGAGCUGAUGAUCAGAUGCUCGAGUUAUGGGAAACUGCGGAGCAGGAGUGCGGCCAUGAUCCAAUGGUCUAUGAGACACAAAAUCAGGCAUCUCCACCAGUGGAAGAUGUUAUUGCAUGCCACAAGUUUGCAGAUGGGGAAGGGAAGAAUCAGGAUCUCUCUUCAGAAUUACAGAUCGAGAAGGAGUUGAGCGUUGACAAGGUAGAGGUAUCAACAAGUGUUAGAGAGCCAAAUCAAGAUGGCACCAAGAGGAAGAUCCUGGAGAGUCUUGCUUCUGAUGCCCAGAAAUUGACGAGCGUUCUGAUGACUUUGCAAAGUCUGACAAAGAGGAUGGAAAUGAACAAGAGCACCAAGAAGGCCAAUGACACUGAACAUGAAACAGUCCAAAGACGUUUAGAAGAAGUUGAGAAGGCUGUUUUGCAGCUAGUGGAUAUCAAUGAUAAAUUGACCAAGGAGGUUGAAGAUAGCCCCUCAUCUUUGGGUGGGAGAACUUCAGAAGAGUUGGAGGCUGGAAAUGUCUCCACAAAGAAAGAAACGGAACAGGCACAAAAAGGGUCCAAAAAUAUUGGACAUUUGCAGUUGGAGUUGCAGAACAUCGAAUAUAUUCUGCUGAAAUUGGAGGAUGAAAAGAAAAGCAAAGCAAAAUAUAGAUUUCAAAAAAACAGAACAGGCAUUCUUCUGGGAGACUUUAUUUACAGCAAUGGGAGAAGUAGUGCAAGCAAGAAGAAGGCUUGUUUUUGUUGCUGUACUAGACCUUCAACUAAUGGAGACUGAAGCGAUCAUGUAGAGGAAAGCAUGUUUUCGUUGGCCACAAGUUCCACUCCUUGAGAUGUUCCUAAUAUUAUGCUGAUCGUUUCUUGGAUUAAUCAGUGAACAUCUUGCACUUUCUGCUUACAGAAACUGUGGGAACUUAGGGCUGAUCUAAUUAUCAUAUGCUGCUUCUUCCAGCAUUUUCAAGUCUUUUAAUUUCGCUAGACUAUCAAUAUUAGUUAAGCACGCACUCUUAUUCAUACCUUGUGAUUAGCAACAUCUUGAUGAAAAAUGUUUUAAUCACAAAGAGAUCUCAUUAAAAUA